AUGACGAAUACCCCGAUGAGGUUGAUGAGCCUUCAGCUGCGUGAACUGAUCCUUCAGCUUCCUAAAGAACACACGAACCACAUAUUGGUGACUAUGGCGAGCAAGAUGCCAUCACACGAACAACAUAUUGGUGACUAUGGCGAGCAAGAUGCCGUUCUCCUGAAGAAGAGAUCACCAGUGCAUCCGAGGACGGUGCACGGUCAGGAGAGAGGCCGUAUAAGCAUAUCACACGAACAACAUAUUGGUGACUAUAGCGAGCAAGAUGCCGUUCUCCUGAAGAAGAGAUCACCAGUGCAUCCGAGGACGGUGCACGGUCAGGAGAGGCCGUAUAAGCAUGUAUAUUGCGAUGACGAAUACCCCGAUGACGUUGGUGAGCCUUCAGCUGCGUGUACUGAUCCUUCUGCUUCCUCAAGAACACACGAACCACAUAUUGGUGACUAUGGCGAGCAAGAUGCCGUUCUCCUGAAGAAGAGAUCACCAGUGCAUCCGAGGACGGUGCACGGUCAGGAGAGGCCGUAUAAGCAUGUAUAUUGCGAUGACGAAUACCCCGAUGACGUUGGUGAGCCUUCAGCUGCGUGUACUGAUCCUUCUGCUUCCUCAAGAACACACGAACCACAUAUUGGUGACUAUGGCGAGCAAGAUGCCGUUCUCCUGAAGAAGAGAUCACCAGUGCAUCCGAGGACGGUGCACGGUCAGGAGAGGCCGUAUAAGCAUGCCAGCAACCUUGAGAAGCUGGCCUCGGCAGACGUGCACCCUGUGCGCGUGGCGGGCGCAGUCCCGGAAGAUGUGUUCUUUGAACACAUAUCAGGCGCAGGCCUGUCAGCCUUAGUGCUGGUGCUCUUUUAUGAGUAUUACGGGCGCUGUCCCGAAUGA